AGACAGAAAUGAAAGACAAAUACGGAAUAAAGAUGAAUUACAUGAAAGCAUGGCGUAGUAAAGAGCGAGCACAAACCCAGCUACAUGGAAAUGCUAAAGAGUCGUACAAUCUCUUGCCAAGAUACCUGUACAUGCUACAGAAAACAAAUCCAGGAACAUUAAUAGACAUAGAGAAAGAUGAUGAUGACAGUUUCAAAUAUGCAUUUGUUGCAUUGAAUGCUGCUAUAAAAGGUUGGCCAAACUGCAAACCAAUCAUCGUGGUAGACGGUACAUUCCUAAAGGCCGCGUAUGGAGGCACGUUGCUCACUGCCAACACACAAGAUGCAGAAUCAAAAAAUUUUCCACUAGCAUACUGCAUAGUUGAUUCUGAGAACGAUAAAUCGUGGGAGUGGUUCUUAAAAAAAAAUAAAAGAAGCAUUCGGGGUUCGAGAAUGUCAAUGCCUAAUAUCAGACAGACAUGAAAGCAUCAUCAAAGCAACUAGGAAAGUGUUCCCUGAAAUAACACAUGGCUACUGCAUCUUCCACCUCUUGUCGAACCUCAAAACAAAAUUCAAAAAAAAUGCAAAGCAUUUCGUAGUGCCAUUCUUUGCGGUGCAAAAGCUUACACAGAAAUGGAGUUUGAAUUCCAUAUGAGGGAGCUAGACAACUUGGAUAAGCGCAUAAGACCGUACCUGGAAAAAAUUGGCCAUGAAAAAUGGUCAAGGUAUCAUUCAGAAAACAACAGGUGAA